AUGAACACUUGCGAGAAUAAUUUGGACAUCGUGUUCCCUUGUUCGACACCUUCCGCCACGUCGACAGCCCGUGUCGCCCUUUACACUACUUCACGGCGGGAAUCGCCCCGCCCUCACUGCCAGGCCGUCCACCUGAGCCAUGCGGAAUGGCGCAGGCUGGGCGCAUCGCAACCAGCAGCGCGCGGCGGGGAGGGAGGGGAGAGCGGAGAAGGCAUGGUGGAGGAGAGGAAGCAGGAGGGGCAAGGCGAGGGGGGCGGGAAGGCGGCGUUGCGGCAGCAGUUCUGCUACGGGGGGCACACGGGGCCCAUCAAGUGCGUGGCGGCGGCGGGGGGGGUGGCGGUGAGCGGGGGGGCGGACGACAGCGUGCGCGUGUAUGACCUGCGCGCGCGCACCGACAUGGGCGCGCUGCUGCACCACUCCGCCGCCGUCUCCUGCCUCGCUCUGCACGGCAGUGGGAGUCGCCCCACUCACCUGCUUGCAGGCAGUGAAGACCGCACCAUCAGCCUAUGGGAGGUCGCCACGUGGCGGCAUCUAUCAAGCCUCAAAGGGCACAAGGGGCCUGUGAAUGACAUCGCAGUGCAUCCAUCGGGGCGGUUAGCGCUGUCAGUGGCGAGGGACACGGAGCUGCGCCUGUGGAACCUGCUGCAGGCGCGCUGCUCCUUCCGCACGCGCCUGCCCGCUGAGCCCCUCGCCCUCACCUACUCGCCCGGGGACGCUGCCUGCUACGCGCUGGCGCUCAGGGGCGGUGCCGUGGCGGUGCACUGCUCUGCUGACGCCUCGCUCACUGCCACGCUGCCCCACCCCGCCUCCUGCCUCGCCCUCUCCUUCCUCACUCCACACGUGGUGGUGACGGGUGGUGAAGAGAGGGCAGUGAAGGUGUGGGAUGUGCGCCAGCCACCGCUGCACCCCACUGUGUGCGUGGCGGCCGCUCACAGCGCUCGCAUCCGAGGCGUGCUGGGGGCGCUGGCAGCUCGACAGGGGGGCGCAGGGGGGGGUGAGGGUGAGGGGAACGAGCUGGCUGCAGCAGCAAAGGCAGGUCUGACAGCUUGGUGCAGUGAGGGGGGAGGGGGUGAGGAGGAUAGGGAGGGCGAGGAGGAAGAGGGGGAUAGAGGGAAAGGAGAGGAAGGAGGUGGCAUGGAUGGUGGUAAGCGUGGCAAGGAGGAAGGGGUAGCGGGGCGGAAAAGGAAGAAGAGGGAGAGCAAAGGGCGCAGCAGCAGUGAUGGGGCAGCGGCAGAGUGGAGUGAGCAUGUGGUUGUGUCAGCAGCAUCGGAUGGGUGCAUUCGCCUGUGGGACCUGCGCUCCCUCUGCUCCUCCACGCUUGCACCUGCCACUGCACCCACCGCACCCACCGCACUCCCCCCUGGGUGCCUCUCUCAAGUGCUCACCAACGCGCGCCUCACGUGCCUUGCCCUCUCCGACCUCUCACCCCACUCAACAGCACCGCCGCCCCGUGCCGGCAAGAAGGCGGGUGGUGUGGAGGGCGGUGCAGAGGCGAGAAAGAGGAGCAAGCGUGGGAAGGCGUGA